AUGAGAAGAUUCGGCAAAACUCCAAAAGAAAAUUCAAAUUUGUUCUCGAUUAUAAAAAGGAUACUAGAUUCUUUAGCUGAUCAAUCGGAAAAUUCGAGUGUCUGCUUAAAGAAUUCCGAAACAAAACUUCGACAACAAAAACUAAAGAAUCUACGAUACAAGAUGGAUUCAGAGCAGAGAUCGAUUGUUCGACAAACACGAGCUAUGACAAAAGCCGCUGCUAUGAAGGCAAUGUCUAACCCGUCGAAUAACAAAUCGACUCACGAAAAGGAUAAUAAUGAUGAUGUUGAUCGAGGUGACGAGCAUGAUUGCGCCGUUUGUGAUCGACCAAAUAAUGCCGAAUUAUAUAUGGUUCAUGCAAAGAUUGUGACCGAUGUUUCGUCAACGGGUCAAUCCAAUAGAUCUAGCGCGAGGAAAGCGCAAAUUGAACGAGAAUUCGAACUGCUUGAGGAGGAGAAAAGGUUGAUGGACGAAAAGGAAAAUGAGCAGCUAGCUCAGGAGCAAGCUUUGUUGAAGAAGGCUAAUUUGGACAAAAUUGAGCGGACCAAGCUGUAUAUCGCAAAGAAAUAUGGCCUGCGGAAUCAGCAAGAGGAACACGGUGGAGCUUUAGCUGAUCAAUCGGAAAAUUCGAGUGUCUGCUUAAAGAAUUCCGAAAUAAAACUUCGACAACAAAAACUAAAGAAUCUACGAUACAAGAUGGAUUCAGAGCAGAGAUCGAUUGUUCGACAAACACGAGCUAUGACAAAAGCCGCUGCUAUGAAGGCAAUGUCUAACCCGUCGAAUAACAAAUCGACUCACGAAAAGGAUAAUAAUGAUGAUGUUGAUCGAGGUGACGAGCAUGAUUGCGCCGUUUGUGAUCGACCAAAUAAUGCCGAAUUAUAUAUGGUUCAUGCAAAGAUUGUGACCGAUGUUUCGUCAACGGGUCAAUCCAAUAGAUCUAGCGCGAGGAAAGCGCAAAUUGAACGAGAAUUCGAACUGCUUGAGGAGGAGAAAAGGUUGAUGGACGAAAAGGAAAAUGAGCAGCUAGCUCAGGAGCAAGCUUUGUUGAAGAAGGCUAAUUUGGACAAAAUUGAGCGGACCAAGCUGUAUAUCGCAAAGAAAUAUGGCCUGCGGAAUCAGCAAGAGGAACACGGUGGAGGUGCAAGCGUACACAGUCUUCGUUCAAACCGAACAAGCAAUCAACGAGUUGGAGAUUGGAUUCAAACUCAGCGAGAAACGGCCGACAAAACUGGCCUUGAUAUGAAGCAGGCGGAUAGCGUCGGAGCUUAUGAGUACUGGCGACAGCAAAGAACGAAGCGAGAGUUAGCGUUAGUUGAGCAACUACGAGAGUUGGAAAACCAGCGAGCAAAGCCAUUGCUCGAUCAGCAACGUAAAAAGGAGGAGCUGAAGUGCAUGCGGCAGAUGCAUGUUUCGUUUGAACAGAAGCGGCAGCAAGAGCUGGCAAAACAAGAAGACGAGCUGAGACAUCUCCUCACUUUGGAGCAGGACUUCAGAGAACAACUUCGGCUACAGGGCGAGCCUAAAACAUCUGGUCAUCUGAUUCCGUUUGGUGAGAUAUCCUCAGUGGACCAGAGGAUUAACAAGGUCGGAGGUGAAACAGGUGAACGCAGAGUACCGACACGUUCUGAAGAAGGUAUAAUAGAUUCCCAUAAGGAGUGGUACAUUUCGGAAAUAGAAAUGCUAAGGAAGUCACGUAGGGAAAAUUCUAAAUUGGAAGCGGUAAGCAGUUUUCUACUACAUCCUCUUCAAACACAGUUUGGUCGUCCUGAGCAGAUCGUGAAGAUUAUGGUUACGGAAGUAAGAGAAACUCCGGCUCCGGCAUCUGCUGUGUCCACGCUUUCUAAAUGGUCAUCUACGUAG